AUGGAAGAAUCUAAGAGAGGAUUCCUACCUAUGAGACAUAGUAUUUCACUCUCGAAGGAAAUGUGUCCUUCAACUCCACAAGAGAGAGAACACAUGAGUAAAAUUCCAUAUGCUUCUGCUAUUGGAUUUAUCAUGUAUGCCAUGUUACGUACCCGUCCAGAUGUCUCAUAUGCCUUAAGUAUGACGAGCAGGUACCAAGUAGAUCCCGGUGAAGGUCACUGGACCAUAGUCAAGAAUAUCCUUAAGUACUUGAGAAGAACUAAGGAUACGUUCCUAAUAUAUGGAGGUGAGGAAGAGUUAAGUGUAAAAGGUUACACUGAUGCCAACUUCCAAACUGACAAGGAUGAUUCUCGAUCGCAAUCAGGUUUUGUGUUUUGCCUUAAUGGUGGUGCUUGUGAGUGGAAGAGUUCAAAGCAAAGUACGAUGGUGAUUCUACAACAGAGGCCGAGUAUAUUGCACUAG